CUCAGUGUGAGUAAAAUCAUAUUCCACCGAGAAGUCUUGUGCACACGGUCGGGGAGUAAUAUUAUUUGAUAAUUUUGCUGCGCUCUCUUGUUUUCCACGGUUCCUCCGGUUCUUGAAAUAAAAUCUCCCAAAUGAUUGAUUAAAUAUUGAAAUUUUUUAGUUAUUUUAGUGUAAAGAAGUUGUAUUGUGUGUGUGUGUCGAUUUGGGUCUCAAGUAAAAAUGGAAUAAGUCCCAGACGGGCGGAAUACAAGUGUACCAGGAAUUUUGUUUCCUUGAAUUAUCAGCUUGAGAAACGUUUUCAAAAAAAAAAAAAUUUCAGGAUGAGGAUGGCAGCGACAGCUGCCGUCUACAAUCGCCUCCACAAUACAAGUGUGGGUGUGGUUGGAGGCAAUAUGGGUCCUGGCGGAGGCGUUGGUCCGACAUCUGGUGGUCACCAUCAUCAACUGGCCCGCUCCCUAGAGCGUAUUUUGGAGGAGGCUCAUCUAAGUGGUGAACUUAUAUUAACUAAUCGGAAGCUGAAGGAUUUCCCAAAGACUGGCACCAAGUACAACUUAAAUGACACGGUCAUAGCUGAUUUAUCGCGAAAUCGAUUUUGCGAAUUACCCGAAGAGAUAACCACUUUUUCAUUUUUGGAAACAUUGCUGUUAUACCACAACACCAUACGCAGCAUACCGGAGUCGGUGAAACAUUUGACAUCAUUAACAUACUUAGAUUUGCGCAGCAAUCAGCUCUCGUCGCUGCCACGUGAAUUAUGCUUCCUGCCAUUGCAAGUAUUGCUCGUCUCAAAUAACCGGCUGACAGCGCUGCCCGAUGAAUUGGGCCGAAUGGAUCGUCUGACCGAUUUGGAUGCCUCAUACAAUCAGCUGACAGCAUUGCCGGCUCGCAUAGGCGAGUUGCGUUCGCUAAGAUCGUUUUCAUUGCGCAGUAACCAGUUGAUGUAUUUACCCCGUGAAUUAACUUGUCUCACAUUGGUUUCAUUAGAUGUAUCCAAUAACCGCAUCUCUAGUCUACCUCUUGAAAUACGCCAGAUGUCAACUCUGGUUGAAAUUAAUCUAGAAAAUAACCCUAUGACUUCACCACCAGCUAGCCUUUGUGUUCGCGGUCUAGUGCAUGUAUUCAAAUAUCUGGAGACUCAAGCCACCAAAGAUGAAAAAGGUUCACGGGCAGGUGGAAACUAUGAUGGUUACACCACCCUCAGGCGGGCCCCACGCAAUGCAGGCGGAAAUAUUGCCGAUACCCAUCGUAUUGGAAGGCAUCACGUAGAUUCCGGUUACAGUACAUGUGAUGGCAUUGACAAAAGAUGGUCACAUGAUAUGCCUAUAAAAUCAAAAAUGGAUUCUCCAAAACUAAUGACGCCAACCACACCUCCACUCGGGAAGGCAACUCUGGUAACCGCAGAUCUCAUGGAUGCAUCACUAACAUCCAGCACAAGUACAAUUGUCGAUGAAUCGCUUAGUGUGACGGCUGCUGUUGUCAAACCUCUAAAUAUGGAAAGUCAUUCAGCGGAAUGCUCUCCGACCAAGGGAAAAGAUGACAACAGCUUCACAAGUAUGCAACAUCAGCACCUUAAUUACAGCAGCACCAAUCUUUCGUGUUCAAGUCAUGGGUCGUCACCAGACUUGGAGGAUGGCAUGAUAGACCAUCAGGAACAGCAACCAUUGUCACAACAAAGUUUCAAAAUUGAUGAUAAAGUCAACAAAAAUCUGGGGAAUGUUCAGACGUAUAGAGAAUACAAAGAGGCUUUGAAACAACAAAGAAGCCAGGAGGUGUACAAAAUAAAAGAACAGAAGACCGCAUUUGAGGCGAGUGAUCAUCAGCCACAGCAACCAUCAAAUAGCGUUGUUGUGUCUUCAAAUACGCCCUCUCCGGCCAACGAAGAAAUGGAAAUCCGCCUCAAUGGUAAUACGCAAAGCGUUCUUGUGCCAAAAUCCAUAAUGAAAAACAGUGCCAACAAUACGAAUGGUCUCAACACAACCACCACCAUAACGAAUGGCGAAGACAUCGUAGUCAUACCAAAGAAACCCAUACAAAAAGUUAUACCCUCUAGAAAUACUGAGCUAAUGGGGUCGGCAAAAAAUGAUUUAUCGGCCACCACGUCAAAUACAAAUGGCGAUUGUAUUGGCUAUGUAAAGCCAAGUAGUCCUAUGAAAUUGGUCAAUGGUAGCUCAAAUGGCAGUAGCACUGCUGGCAUCGCGGUGGGAAUAUUGACGAAUAACAACAAAUUUACCACAUCGAACGCAGGAGGAUGUGCUAACCCCAACAGCAAAUUGGUGGCAACAGGAAAGGCCCAUCGAACUGUUACAUGGAAUCAUGACAUACCGCCUGAAAAGCUUAGUUUUACCAUGCGCCGUGAGUUUGAUCGCCAAAGAGAGGAAAUCGAAUUAAUGACCCAGCUGCGAAGUAUUAUUGAAACACGUUUAAAGAUGACGCUGCCCGAGGAUAUAGCCUCGGCAUUGACUGACGGUGUAAUUUUAUGUCAUUUGGCUAAUUAUGUGCGACCCCGAUCGGUUGCCAGCAUCCACGUGCCAUCUCCAGGAGUAUCGAAAUUAACCAUGGCCCGUUGUCGUCGCAAUGUGGACAAUUUUUUGGAAGCCUGCCGUAAAAUCGGUGUAGAUGAGCCAUAAAAUUGGUCUUAAUAGCUGCAGAUUCAUAGCUCCCACAUAGAAACAUGUACCGACUAAUUAAGACAUAUUAAACUAAAACAAGCGCAUUUCACAACUGAAUCCCAUGGUAGCCGGUUCAUCGGCAAGGCCUGCCGCCUCUGUGCACGUGUUUGUAUUUUUUCCUCAUGGGAGAUACACAUCCCGGAGUGCCUUCUCCGCACGCUUCUGGUUCGUGCCGGGACUGAAAAGAACCUCGAACCCUGGUUCUGUUCGAUUUGCCAGAACUGCCUCCAUCAUCGGUCGGUGUCGGUGGGGUGUAACCGGUGCAUGGAGUCGGUACAUUUCCAACCUCCCUUUGGCCUCACAACACUACGGGAGUAUAGUCAUACUGAAUAUGUUGCAAGGUGCUGUGCGAACAUAGCCAGCAGUGGGUCACAAGUGUCGUCGUCGGACUAGGUGACCCCAACGACCUCACCCGUGCGCCAAUAUACGCAACAGCAGCAUCCCAGCCCCAAUAUUGCCAAGCCAGUGGGAAGUGUAUCAUUUUUACAAUUGAACUGCAACGGUCUCCGAGGCAAUAUCAAUGAGAUUGUGGAUUUUAUGAGUCGGAAGAACAUCUUGGAACGCAGCGAUCCAGGAGACAAAGCUGACCAACAUCUUCAGCUUGCACAGUUGUCACGGAUACACGGUUUAUGAGGAUGCCCCCACUAGGAUUACGAGGAGGUGCAGCAGCUCGCCAGACAUUUCCAUUGUAUCCUCUGUUCUCCUGAGUGACCGUCAUCUCUUUGGGGUCAGACCACCUCCCCAUAUUUCUCACCAUCGACCGACCACACGACUUCAUAACCUCUGAGCGCCAGACGUUUAUCAAUCAGAAGAAGACCGAUUGGGUUUUCUUCAGAUAGUACACCAAUCGCCGCUUUAGUGAACUGCCACCCCCCUCGGAUACAUUAAAGCAGCAGCCGCUCGCUUUAUAUCAGCCGGUCGAAUACCCCAAGUGGGUCACAAUUUCCCGUCACAGGCAAUGAUAUUUGCAUAUCAGCGAGCUGAAUCUGGAAAUAAACCUGGAAGUACCUUACUACGAUCCUCAACCUGUCUUUGAACACUCUUAUAGUUCCCAAUGUCUGGAAAAUUUGCAGAGUGAUCCCGCUACUGGAGCCUGGAAAGGACCUGAGUUUGGGGGAGUCGUACAGACCGAUCUCCCUUCUCUCAUCCAGUAGAAAAGACGCUUGACGCAUUGCUUCUCCCGAGCCUCGUAGGAGAAUUUCCAUUCGCCGAGCAUCAACAUGGAUUUCGAAGACUGCUUUGCAUGCUAUCACCGCAGACAUUUGUCGUGGCUUCAAUCAGACCAGGCCAUGUAAUAGGACUGUCCUCGUGGCACUGGACCUAUCGAAAUCAUUCGACACGGUUAACCAAUGCAAACUAUUUAAAGACAUCACCAACACGUACAUCCAGGCAGGCCUGAAACGCUGGGUCGCGAAUUAUCCUUGUGGUCGCCAGUCAUUUGUGGAAUUUAGGGAUUAGAAGUCGAAGCACCGAAGAGUGAAACAAGGAGUUCCCCAAGGUGGGGUGAUAUCUCCGGCACUGUAUAACCUCUACCUAUCCUCCAUCGUACUAUAUGUGGACGAUGGUACGACCAUCCUAUCAGGCUCUUACACAUUCUCCCCACAUGCCACCGCAAUUUGCGAUAAAGUUAAAAAUAGGAACAAGGUCCUCAGGUCACUUGCCGGCAGCACUUGGGGUGCAGACAAAGAAACCUUGUUGACCAGGUACAAAUCAAUUGGCCGGUUUGUGUUAAGUUAUGCAGCGUCAGUGAGGUCUCGUCAGCUUUGUGACACGCAGUGGAAUAAUAUUCAGAUCUAUCAGAAUGCUGCCCUCUGAACUGCGACGUGCUGUCUCCUCAGUUCUCAUGUGAACCGCCUCCAUCAGGAGACAAAGAUCUUACCAGUGCGAAGACAUAUCUACAUGCUGUCAAAGCUAUCACACGAUACACGUCACCAGUUUAACUGCCCAGCCUGACAGAGUUCCUGGGUCUUGAUACUCAGUAGAAUCAAACAGACGAAUGAUAGAACACAACAAACUGCUACAACAGGAACGACAAUAACGAAACUUUGUUGACCACGUACAAGUUAGUUAUGCGCCACGCAGUAGAAUAAUAUUCAGAUUCGUCAGAAUGGCGCUGUUCGAACUGCGACGGGCUGUCUCCUCAGUUCUCUUGUGAGCCAGCUCCACCAGGAGACAAAGAUCUUACCAGUGCGAAGACGUAACUACAUGCUGUCUAAGCAAUACCUUUUGGGCUGUUGUUGCUGGACCCAUCCAAAUCAUCAUCUUGCGGAUAGGUAUCCAUCGUCCAGAAGCCUUAAGGUGGAUCUAAAUGAUCUAGAGCGUGAAGUUCAGCGCUACAAGAGAGAACCUCUGGAUCAACCGGGUCUAGACAACAUUCAUGCAGACACGGUAGCAGAUGCGUUGAAUACCUAUAGGGUGAAUGUGGUCCUUGGAAAACGACCGCCUCCCAUUGCACCUGAAGACAAUGACUUCCUUUUUUAAAUGUUUUGCCUGUUAGGGCGAAGAUAAUCAAAUUUCACAAUUUUUGUUUGUUUCUCUUUCGAGACGAGCUCAAUGAUCGGUGAUUUUCUUUUGCACCGGCAAACCAGAGUCGUUCUGGCUCAUUUACGAUGCGGCAGAUGCAGCCGCCUCAACUCCUACAUAGCAAAUAUUGAUGCCGACGUGCAGGAUGUAUGUCCCGACUGUGGCCUGGGACCACACGAUACACGUCACCUGUUUAACUGCCCUGCCAGACCCAUUCGACUCAGACCCAGAUCCUUCUGGACGCACCCCACUUUAGCCGCAGAGUUCCUGGAUCUGGAUAUUCUGCAGAAUCAAACAGACGAAAGAUAUAACACAACAUUCUGCUACAACAACAACCGAUCUUCGCUGAAUUUUGUUCUCAAAAAUUUCACUGAAUAAUUUGGGUUUUUAGUGCAAUUUAUAUGUACAUGAUAUUCAUCGUGUUAAAUAUUUAAUUAAAAUAUAUAUUCUC